CUUCGACGAGAAGUCAAGACGUUACUUUCACCCAUCUAAUAUCAUCUCUAACCAACCAACAAGCCAACCAUGGAGCACGAAAAAAUGCUGAAGCCCACUGUCACCUAUCAUCUGUUCCUGUACCGCGUCGAGUUGGCCCGUCGGAAUGCCCGGCAGCUGCGGCUUUCCCGCACCAAAAUCGAGAUCACGGACGAGCUCAUCUCGAAUACGGUGCGCAAUCUGAAGACGUGCAGCAUGGACGACCUGAAGGCGGUAAACCGGGAGCUUCUGUUCAAGCGGAAACUGCGGAGCAACGUGUCCAAGCUGAAAAAGGAGGCCAAGCGGCAGCAGCGCCAAGAGAACGAAGACAACUCACCCAAACAGGAUUAGUGUCGAUUCAAUCAGAGCGGAUUGAUUUAUUGUAUAUAGCCUGUGUAAAUAAAUACUUUUGAU